UUUAGCACUGCCAAGUACAACCUUAUUACCUUUUUCCCGAAAUUUUUAUUCGAACAAUUUAGCCGCUAUGCAAAUUUGUUCUUCUUAUUUAUUACCUUAAUUCAGCAAAUUCCCGGUGUGUCGCCCACUGGUAAAUGGAGUACAGCUGGACCUUUAAUACUUGUACUGAGCAUUUCUGCGAUUAAAGAACUUAUCGAAGAUUAUGCGCGUCAUAAGGCCGAUAGAGAAGUGAAUCAUUCAAAAAUUUUAGUUGCACGUGGUGAAAAAUUUGUCCUUGAUGAAUGGAGAAAUAUUGUCACAGGAGAUAUUGUAAAAGUGACAAACUGCCAACUCUUUCCAUCAGAUUUAAUUUUGUUAUCUUCGAGUGAACCACAAGGAAUGUGCUACAUUCAGACAGCAAACCUUGAUGGUGAAACAAACUUAAAAAUUCGCCAGGCGCUACCAGAAACGGCCUCUAAAAAUUCCAUACAUGACUUGCAAGAUCUCCAGGGAUACGUUGAAUGUGAAGGUCCAAAUAACCGCUUGUACAGAUUUGUUGGCAACUUAUCCAUACAAGGACAAGAACCAGUUCCUAUAGGAGCUAAUCAAAUUUUGUUACGGGGAGCACAAUUAAGAAAUACCCAAUGGGUUUACGGUCUUGUAAUAUACACUGGACAUGAAUCCAAACUUAUGCAGAAUACGACAAUGGCGCCGAUAAAGCGUUCCAACGUGGAGCAUGUUACGAACGAUCAGAUAAUUUUUCUCUUUUUCCUCUUGAUUGGACUGUCAUUGCUAAGUGCUAUUGUAUAUGAAGGCUAUAGGUUGAAACCUGCAAAAUUUGGCAUGGCUUUUCUUACUUUCGUAAUUCUGUACAAUAAUUUGAUACCGAUAAGCUUAAUUGUGACUCUAGAGAUUGUGCGCUUCGUGCAAGGGCUACUGAUUGGCUGGGAUUUAGACAUGUACUACGAGCAAACCGAUACUCCUGCAAAAGCUCGAACAUCUAAUCUAAAUGAAGAAUUGGGCCAGGUUAAAUAUGUAUUCUCCGAUAAAACGGGUACAUUAACUCGCAAUGUAAUGGAAUUUCGAAGAUGUUCAAUAGCCGGAAAAGUUUAUGGUAUUGAGGGGCAUGGCUUUGAUGAUACAAACUUACUAAAAGACUUGUCAGAACCUGCUGGAAUUGCUCCAAUAAUUCGCGAGAUGCUAACGAUGAUGGCCAUUUGUCAUACUGUAAUACCUGAUUAUCAAAAUGAAGAUAAAUCUAUCGUAACUUACCAAGCGGCAUCUCCGGAUGAAGAUGCAAUUGUAUGUGCUGCUCGAAAUAUCGGAUUUACCUUCACUGCUAGAACCCCUAAUACAGUUACUAUUCGGGUCUUGGGAAAGGAAGAAAUUUAUGAAGUACUGAGCGUUCUAGAAUUUAACAGUACUAGAAAAAGAAUGUCAGUUAUCGUUAGGUGUCCUGAUGGCAAAAUAAAAUUAUACUGUAAAGGCGCUGAUAGCGUUAUUUAUGCCAGAUUACAUGCUGGUGGAUCACCAUUCGCAGAUCAAACUUCUGAUCAGUUAAGAGAAUUCGCCGUUGAUGGUCUCCGAACUUUGUGCUUUGGAAUGCGAGAGCUCACAGAAAGUCAAUUCAGUGAAUGGAAUGAAAUGUUUAAGCAAGCGAGUACAGCAAUGGAAGACAGAGACAGCAAGAUAGAUGAAGCUGCAGAAUUGAUUGAAAAGGAAUUGUAUCUAAUUGGAGCCUCUGCCAUAGAAGAUAAGUUACAAGAAUAUGUUCCUGAAACUAUCGCAGCUUUAGCGAAGGCUGGCAUCAAUUUAUGGGUCUUAACAGGCGAUAAGCAAGAAACUGCUAUCAACAUUGGAUACUCUUGUCGCCUUCUAAACGAUGAUAUGGCAAUACUAAUUGUGAAUGAUUCUACGCUAGCUGGCGUAAGGACUACGCUAUAUAACCAUGUACAAGCAUUUGGUGAUAACCUUCGUAAAGAUAACAAUACUGCAUUGGUUAUUGAUGGACACGCGCUACAGUUUGCGUUAGAGAAAGAAUUAAAAGAUAUUUUUUUAGAUAUUGCAUUAUCCUGUAAGUCAAUUAUUUGUUGUCGAGUUUCUCCUUUACAAAAAUCUUUGGUUGUCCAACUCGUUAGAAAUGAAGUGAAGGCUAUUACGUUAGCUAUCGGUGAUGGAGCAAAUGAUGUCGGUAUGAUUCAGACCGCCCACAUUGGUAUUGGUAUUAGCGGUCAAGAAGGAAUGCAAGCUGUUUGUGCUGCUGACUAUAGUAUCGCACGAUUCCAUUUCCUUCGUAAAUUAUUAUUUGUUCAUGGAAAUUGGAGCUAUAAUAGGAUCUGCAAAUGUAUUUUAUAUUGCUUUUACAAGAAUUAUACACUUUACUUAAUUGAGUUUUGGUUUGCCACGGUUAAUGGAUUUUCUGGACAGACUCUAUUUAAUCAAUGGACAAUAUCUGUUUACAAUAUUAUCUUUACCUCCCUGCCUCCCAUCGCUAUCGGCAUUUUUGAUCAAACGUUAUCACCUAAGAGUCUUCUACAAUAUCCGAAACUGUAUAAAGAAACACAAAAAAAUGAUACUUACAAUACUAAGGUCUUUUGGCUUUGGACACUAAACGCAGUAUUCCAUACUUUAGUUAUAUUUUGGUUAAUCAUCCUUGCAUUCACUCAUGAAAUACCAUUCAUUAAUGGCAAAGUGGUUGGUGAAUGGUUUGUGGGAAACGUUAUUUAUACGGCUGUUGUUGUAACCGUGAAUCUAAAGAUUGCCCUUUUAACUGAUUAUUGGAAUUGGGUUACACAUUUAGUCAUUUGGGGUAGUAUUAUUAGCUGGUUCCUGUUUCUAUUCAUGUUUUGCAAUCUUUGGCCAGCGGUUGAUAUCGGUUCAAAUAUGGCCGGUUUGGAAUUGAUUAUGUUUAAAUGCCCAUCAUUUUGGUUUACGGUGAUAAUUGUUGCUGUGAUAACUCUUUUCCGGGAUUGCGUUUGGGCAAUAAUUCAAAGAACAUUUUUUAAGACUUUAACCCAGGAAGUACAGGAGCUUGAACAAAGACAGGUUAGUAACAAUGGAUAA